UUUUUUGAUUUUUACGGCACUGUGCAAAAUAUGACAACACUGGAUUUCUAAUUUUGUUACCCCCUGGGGCCCAGGCUUGGAAACGGUACAUUGCAUUUUACUGUACAUCUCCUUUGUUUUGAUUUUUCUUCAAAAUUACCAAUUUAUCAAUUCUCCUAAUGAAUUUCUAAUAAUUCAUACAAAAAGUGAAUGAAAAAUAAUUUCUUAACAAUUUUUCAAUGUUGGCAACAAUCAAUUAAUUCAAAUUUUGAAAUUUCUUCCCAAAAAUGGAACAUCUUGCAGAAGAUUUGUCUGUGGCCCUCGAAGAAUCAGAAUCUUGUGGCCCCAUCGCCACUCAGUCCGCUGGCAAUUGGGGAAUGAGAAAACGCACCCGUUCCGAUGGAAAUUUACACCACAUGUAUUUACACAAAUCAACCGAUAACAACUCAGAAGAGAGCUCGAGCGAUCCUUCAGAAUUGAAAUCGGACAAGCACAAGGCGAAACUUGUUAGUUUCCACCAGUCGGACUCGGAUGAUUUGAGUGCCGUUGUUGCCAGAACUCUGAACAACAAAAACUCUCUUCGAAUGAAGCAUUCAAUCAAUAGAUUUUUUAGAGGUGUAAGUCACAGUUUAGAAUCAGAUUCAGUAAACGAAAAUUCCCCAGCGAGUCGUCCCAGCAUGAGACGCAAACGAAAGUUCAAAAGGAUGAGCAUCGAUGAAACACCAAUUCCCCCAACUGGCAAAAGGAAGAGAUCUCAACGAAUGGAUUUAAUGGACACAAAUGGUAGAUCCCUUAGAAACAUCACCAAAAUCAAACCAUUACAUCAAAGCAUUGUGGAUAAAAUUGAGAAAUUCUGUCAGCCCAAUAAUGCUGUGGUUGACCUUGACGCCACAAUGGAAACUGAAGAUGAUAAUUGGGAAAUUGCUAGUGAAAGUAGUAUAAGUUGGAGCGGUGGCGAGGGAAAUGAAGGAGAUGAUGAAUUGACUGACUGGGCCCCUUCAAUGGAUUCUUCUUCCAUUGAUCAGAGUCCUUGGAAUGAGGAUUCUAGAGAAAUAAGAGCAGGUUGUCGCAGAGUCCAUGAAGAAAGACCAGGCUUCAGUAUUAACACUGGUGCAAACGAAAGAGUGGCCAAAUUCCUUCAAGACUCUUCCAAAUUCGAACUGCGGAUAUUAGGGGCAGAACGCGAUAAGAUUUCUCAAUUGGCCGCUUUGUAUUCGCUAGAUUUGUGGUUUGAGUCCUCUGGGACCACUCUGCUGCGUAAAACUACUGUAAUUUUCUUGUCUGUUAGUGUCAGUGGUCGUCAUAUUUUAGAAGAAUUCGACUUAGAUGCUGCUGCAGCUGAACCUAGACCGACAGUUAUUGAAACUGGACCUUCUGCCGAAGCUUUACAUUUAGUUUACAGUGAGGAUACAACUCGUGGACCUUUAAGUGUAGCUAGUGAAAAAGUUGAAAAAUUUUUGAGACCUGCAUACUCGUUUGCUUAUAAUAAAGACGAUGAUGAUGGCGAUAUAGCUGAAUCAAAUAAAGAUGAAGCUGAAUCAAAGAUAGAUGAAGAUGAUGAUCAACGUGAAAAAGAAGCUACAAACAAAGGAGAAGAUGCUGAAGUUGAAGUGGCUGAAAGCAAACAUCCUGAACACAAAGACCAUGCAGCAAAGUUUGAAAAAGCCGGUGGCAAAGAUACCCAUUCUGAUCAUCACGGGGCGCACGGUGAAAAAGGCGAUAAAGGCUACAAAGGGCACCAUCAUCACGAAAAGGGCCAGAAAGGCCAUCACGAUAAAGAAGACCACAGCAAACAUUAUGACGAACAUGGUGGACAUAAAAAAGAGCAUCAUCAUGACGAUGGAUAUCAUGGGGAUUACCAUAAGAAGCACGGUGGCAAAAAAGCAGCAAAGUAUGAAGAAAAAGGAGAGCACAAUAAAGGCCACACCACCAAAGGAGAGCACAAUAUCCACAAAAAGGAAGAAUACGAUAAAAAAACUGAAUUUUUCGAAGAAGAAAAUGAAGGAGGCGAAAGUGAAACUCAUGGAGGAUUCAAGCAUGAAAGCGAUUAUAAAAAAGGCGGACAUCGUAAAGGCGGCCACAAAAAAGGCGGACACCACGAAGACCACUACGGCAAAAAAGGAGAAUCCGAAAAGGGCGGACAUUAUAAAGACGAAAAGGGUCAUAAUCAGAAAGGCGGACAAGACAAACAUCAUGAGCAUGAAUCGAAGCAUGGCGAAAAAGAAGGGCAUGCUACUGGGAAAAAAUGGGCUUAUAAAAAAGGAGAUGGAGAUGGUGGUCAUGGUCAUGGUGCUCAUUCUCACCAUACUUAUGCAGUACAAAAACCACCUGCCGCAAAUAAAGAAUAUAAAAUUAAACCAAUUUCCACUUUUGUACUUCCAUUAGAAGAAGAAUCUGAAGAUAAAGAAGAAGAUGAAAUUAGCCAAUCUUCUUCAGUGGUUGCAAAAAAGCAUGAAUUGAAGGAUUUUAAGCCAUCACCACAUGAUAAUUUAGCAUUGAUUUCAUUACCAAGUGAUUCUCAAGACAUUGUAACACAACUACCACAAGAAACAUUAACAACCGUUUCAACAGUAGAACGGUAUAUAACGCAAAAGGAAGGACAUAAGCAUAAAUCAAAUAACGGCGAAAAAGAAGGGAAAAAGAGAGCUAAUAAGAAAGAAGAUGUUGGCCAAGAUGAUGCUUAUUCUCAUAAUACUUAUGCUGUACAAGAACCUCCUAGGCAAGAGGAGCCUGAUGCUAAACCUACCCCAAAUAAAAUUGAACCAAUUUCCACAUUUGUGCUUCCAUUAGAAGAAGAAUCAUAUGAUAAUAAUAAACCAUCACAAGGUUUUGAAGAUAUCAAACAAUCUCUAUUGCAAAACAAUAGCUCUGAAGGUGAUUUGAGUGAUCCUGAAGAUGUAACGGAACUUCCUCAAGAAGCAUUAACAACCCUUUCAACUCUAGAACGCUAUAUAAGACAAGAAAUGCAAAAGCUUAAAUUAGAACAUCCAACAACUCAAAAACCAAUAGAAAAUAAUAGCUCAGAGGACAUUUUAACAACAAUUAAAUCAGUAAAUCGUUAUAUAAGACAAGAAACGCCUGAAGAAACUAAAAAGGUUACCAAAAGACUUCGAUUGAAAAAAAGGAAAAUUUCAAAUGGAUGCGAAGCCAACUUGCAAAAAAGGGAAAUAUUAUUCAUUCCAGAAGGCAGCAGUGAUAGUUUCGUUAUUGUUGCAGCUGAAGAUGAUGCUUGAUUAAUUGUUUGUUAUUUUUAGUUUAUGAAGACUGCAUUGUUAUACCAAAUUGAUAAAUAUUAUUGUUUAGAAAAAGCUUGUUUUAUUUAUAUCACAAUUUUUGAGGCCUCACAAUACUAUAUGAACAAAUCAAUUUGUUAUUGUCUAAUCUAAUUAUCUACAAUUUCAUCAAAUUGUAAUGGUUUAGCUGUAGUUCCAGCUAUUGUCAGAUUUUCCAUCAUUUUUGAAACUUGUACUGGGGCAGGACUUGCUGGCAGUUGGUUUUGUUCGUUCCAAUUUAUUUCGUCAAAGUCAAUCACAAUUCUUCUAUUUUUUGGUAUCAGUUGC